AUGGGGUGUAUCAACUCAAAGCCCAGCAGCACAGAUAGUGGAGCACGAGGCAAAUCGAGCAAUAGUCCGCGAGGGAAGACGAAUAGUCCUCGUGGAGCGAAUAGGACGGAUAAUGGCGGAGAUACGACUGCGACUUCGGUGGUGCUGGCUCAGGUGGUGCGGGUCACCACGGACAUCACGGACAUCACGGACAUCACGAUGGUCACGAUGGACAUGACGGGGGACACCAUUGUGGGGACGACGGAGGAGGCUGGGAUGGUGGUGGCGACGGAGGUGGAGACGGAGGUGGAGACGGAGGUGGCGAUGGAGGUGGUGGUGGUGACGGAGGAGGUGGGGGCGAUUGCGGCGGCGGAGAUUGACAUCCCCAGCUUAUUGUGA